CUGGAUAUGCUUCUUCAGGUGGGUGGAGAAGCCGAUGAUCUUGUUGCGGAGGCGCUUGGACCCUUUUUUGCCGCCGACGAGAGAGGGAGGAGAAGAGAGCUUACCCUAACUGUGAAUUUUAGGCCGCCGGUUGGGAGAGUGAAGAGGAAACUGCUGCUGGGAAGAAGUCAAGACAUUUGAAUUUGGGUCCGGAUCUGGUGCAGAAGGAAGAAGUUUGGGAAGAUGGGUUUUGGCGGCGAAAUCGUGUUUCUUUUCUGCGGAAUGAGUUUCUGCUCUAUGGGUUUCAAGGAAUCAAGUUUUGGCGGUGGUGGGUGGUUGAGAAGACGAUGCGAUCCCCUCUGUUUUGCGGUGGCGGGCACGAUUAGGGUGGCGGUGGAGAAGUCGAAAGGAAUGGAUAAAUCACGGAGCUUCGCGAUAAUGGCAGCGUCGGAAGAGAUUGUUGGAGUUGGCGACCUUGACUCCUCAGCUGCUGGUGACUCCGUGACCUCCUCCCUAGAUCCAAGGAAAACUUCCCCGGUGGCGAGAUCUGGAUGGUCGACGUCCACGGAUCGACGACCUUCUUCAGCUCUGGACCACCACCGUCACCGCUCUUCUCCUUCUCCGAUGGGUCGUUGAAAAUGCAUUUUCUUGUUUGUUGGGCUAAGGGGAAUGAGCUAUUGGGUGUCGCCGUCGAUUUGGAGUGAUGGUGGAGGGGUUUUACUAAGAAGUGGAACAAAAUACUCUGGGUCUC